AUUUACACUCACCAUGGACAUCAGCGGAAUCAUCGCGCUGCUACGCACAAAACUCACCCUCCCAUCUCCCUCUGAAAUCAAAGACAAGACAGUCCUGAUUACAGGCGGGAACACGGGUCUCGGCCGGGAAGCCGCUCGACAUGCCCUAGCUCUCGGCGCUGCAACAGUCAUCCUGGGCGUGCGAACACUCUCCAAAGGCGAAUAUGCAAAAGCCGAUAUCGAAUCCAGCACAGGGAAGACCGGUCGUGUUCUGGUGUGGCCGGUCGAUCUUGAGUCGUUUGCGAGCGUCAAGGCCUUUGCGGACAAGGCCAAGGAGCAUGUCGCUGGGGGAGGUAGGCUGGAUAUCGCGAUUAUGAAUGCAGGCCUUGCAUCGAUGGAGUGGGUGGUUACGGAGGAUGGAUGGGAGAGGCAGAUCCAGGUGAAUGUGUUGUCGACGGCGCUGCUUUGUUUGGAGUUGCUUCCGUUGUUGCUGAAGACGGGCGAUCGGCCGCAUCUGACCAUUGUAGCGAGUGAUAUACAUCGGACUGUGAAGUUUCAAGAGCGCUCUGCGGAUAAUAUUCUUUUAGCGCUGAAUGACCACAGCCAGUGGGAGAAGUCGCAGAAGACAGGGGGUGCUUCCGAGCGGUACGCGGCAUCGAAGCUGCUGGAUAUCUUCAUCACGAUGGGACUGGCUCGAUUGGUGCCCAGUGACGAGAGUGGGAAUCCGCUGGUUAUUGUGAACUGCCUGACUCCCGGGUUCUGCAAGUCAGAUCUUCUGACGAGGGAGAAGGCGCCGUUGCUGUUGAGGGUAGUGCAGAGCGCUGUUGCGAGGACGGUGGAGGAGGGGAGUAAGACGUUUUUGCAUGCGGUGACGCAGGGGAGCGAGACUCAAGGGCAGUGGCUGGAACAUCAGGCUGUUACAGAGUAAGUUUUCGCUUUGUUUCUUUGUAUGUUGAAGGUGCUAAUGAGGUGAUAGCCCUGGGAAGAAUGUCACGGCUCCGGCUCAGCGGGCAGUCGGGGAAAAGGUCUGGGGGGAGAUCGUUGCGGUGUUGAAGGAGGUUGAUUCGGGGAUUCAAACGGAGUAUUGAGUGCAUGAUAUUAUAAUAUUCUUUUUUCAUUUGAUAAUGUUUAUACAGCGGAUCCAAGUCUGACCAAAUGACCAAGUAUAUAGUUCAGCUAGUUUCACCACCG